CGGUGCGCGCCGAGGGGCGGGUCCAGUGGCGGUUGCUGGCCGAAGCCGGGAGGUAGAGGAUCCAGUCGCUGCCUCGGCCGUCGCAUCCCUCGAGGAGUCGUGUCGCCGUCGCCCCGACUCUCCAACCCACGAUCGCCUUCCCGAAGCUCGUGUCUGUGUCCCUGACCCCGCUAGCCGCUCGUCCCUUGCCCUGCGUGCGUCGCCUCCUCCAUCAUGUGCGGUAUAUUUGCUUACCUAAACUACCAUGUUCCUCGCACAAGACGAGAAAUCUUGGAGACUCUCAUCAAAGGCCUUCAGAGACUGGAAUACAGAGGAUACGAUUCUGCUGGUGUGGGAGUUGAUGGAGGCAAUGACAAGGACUGGGAAGCCAAUGCCUGUAAAAUCCAGCUCAUUAAGAAGAAAGGAAAAGUGAAGGCCCUGGAUGAAGAAGUCCACAAACAACAGGAUAUUGAUUUGGAUAUCGAAUUUGAUGUGCACCUUGGAAUAGCUCAUACCCGUUGGGCAACACAUGGAGAACCCAAUCCUGUCAAUAGCCACCCCCAGCGUUCUGAUAAAAAUAAUGAAUUUAUUGUUAUUCACAAUGGAAUCAUCACUAACUACAAAGACUUGAAAAAGUUUUUGGAGAGCAAAGGAUAUGACUUUGAAUCUGAAACAGACACAGAGACAAUCGCCAAGCUUGUUAAGUAUAUGUAUGACAAUCGAGAAAGUCAAGAUAUCAGUUUUACUACCCUGGUGGAGAGAGUUAUCCAACAAUUGGAAGGUGCUUUUGCGCUUGUGUUUAAAAGCGUUCAUUUUCCUGGACAAGCAGUUGGCACAAGGCGAGGUAGCCCUCUGCUGAUUGGUGUCCGGAGUGAACAUAAACUUUCCACCGAUCACAUUCCAAUACUCUACAGAACAGGCAAAGACAAGAAAGGAAGCUGUAAUCUCUCUCGUGUGGACAGCACAACUUGCCUUUUCCCUGUUGAAGAAAAAGCAGUGGAAUAUUACUUUGCUUCUGAUGCAAGUGCUGUCAUAGAACACACCAACCGCGUCAUCUUUCUAGAAGACGAUGAUGUUGCAGCAGUGGUGGAUGGCCGUCUUUCUAUCCAUCGAAUUAAGAGGACUGCAGGAGAUCAUCCUGGGCGAGCUGUGCAAACCCUGCAGAUGGAACUCCAGCAGAUCAUGAAGGGCAACUUCAGUUCAUUUAUGCAGAAGGAAAUAUUUGAGCAGCCCGAGUCGGUGGUGAAUACAAUGAGAGGAAGGGUCAACUUUGAUGACUAUACUGUGAAUCUGGGUGGUUUGAAGGAUCACAUUAAGGAAAUCCAGAGGUGUCGGCGAUUGAUCCUCAUUGCAUGUGGAACGAGCUACCAUGCUGGUGUAGCGACGCGUCAAGUUCUUGAGGAGCUGACAGAGUUGCCUGUGAUGGUAGAACUGGCCAGUGAUUUCUUGGAUAGAAACACACCAGUCUUUCGAGAUGAUGUUUGCUUUUUCAUCAGUCAGUCAGGUGAGACUGCAGAUACACUGAUGGGACUUCGAUACUGUAAGGAGAGAGGCGCUCUAACCGUGGGGAUCACGAAUACAGUUGGCAGUUCUAUCUCAAGGGAGACAGAUUGUGGAGUUCACAUUAAUGCUGGUCCUGAGAUUGGCGUGGCCAGUACAAAGGCUUACACCAGCCAGUUUGUGUCCCUGGUGAUGUUUGCUCUCAUGAUGUGUGAUGACAGAAUCUCCAUGCAAGAGAGACGUAAAGAGAUUAUGCUUGGAUUGAAACGGCUGCCAGAUUUGAUUAAGGAAGUACUGAGCAUGGAUGAUGAAAUUCAGAAACUGGCAACAGAACUCUAUCAUCAGAAGUCAGUUCUGAUCAUGGGGCGAGGCUAUCACUAUGCUACUUGUCUGGAAGGGGCUCUGAAAAUCAAAGAAAUCACUUACAUGCACUCUGAGGGCAUCCUUGCCGGAGAGCUGAAGCAUGGCCCUCUGGCUCUGGUGGACAAGCUCAUGCCUGUCAUCAUGAUCAUCAUGAGAGACCACACUUAUGCCAAAUGUCAGAAUGCUCUCCAGCAGGUGGUUGCCCGGCAGGGGCGCCCUGUGGUGAUAUGUGAUAAGGAGGACACGGAGACCAUUAAGAACACGAAGAGAACGAUCAAGGUGCCGCACUCCGUGGACUGCUUGCAGGGCAUUCUCAGUGUGAUCCCCUUACAGUUGCUGGCCUUCCAUCUCGCUGUGCUGAGAGGCUAUGAUGUUGAUUUCCCACGGAAUCUUGCCAAAUCUGUAACUGUAGAGUAAGGAACGUCUGAAUCUCUGGACGAUUAAGCAACACAAAACACCUUUUGUAUUUGAAACCUUGAUCUGAAGUAUCACUCCUUGAAGCCUUUUUUUAGUAAAUCCUUAUUUAUAUAUCA